AUGAAAAGAGCGAUUGAAAAAUGGCGUGAUUCCGCCACCUUAAUAUUGGCUACCAAAGGAAAUCAAAACAUUACACCUUGCAAUGCAGACACAGAUAAUUGUAACUACGACAUCUUGUUGCAGACUCGAACGCAUAACGCGUCAUUCCCGAAUAGUGUGGUGUUCCCGGGAGGCGUUUGCGAGGCCGCCGACGAAGACGAAAGGUGGCUGAAACUUCUUAGUACAUUUGGUUUUAUCCGAAACGAUUUUGAAAGUCUACAUAACAUUGGCAGCCCUGUUACACCUUUAUUUCAAAAUAACCCCAUACAAAGGCAUAUAGCCUUGAGAAUAACUGCAAUACGUGAGACGUUUGAGGAACUAGGUCUUCUAAUUUGCAGUUCAGAGCAUAAAAAUAAAAGGAGUAAUGUAUGGGCAAAUCUGAUAUCAAAUCCUGAUCUAAAGUACUGGCAAGAAAGAGUUUCAAAUAACCCAGCAGACUUAUUAGUUCUCUGUAAAGAAUAUAAUUGCUACCCAGAUAUUUGGUCUUUGCAUUAUUGGAGCAAUUGGCUUACUCCAACAAACCUACCAAAACGGUUUGACACUGCAUUUUUUCUCGCUGCUUUAGAAAGUAAGCCUUUACAUGUAAAAAAUAAUGUUGAAGUCGUCAAUGUAAAGUGGCUAAACCCUUUACAAAUACUUGAAAAAAGCAGUAAAGGAGAUGUGCUCCUGUACCCACCCCAGGCAUAUGAAUUAAAACGUCUGUCUUACCUACCGGACAUAAAUGAACUACUAACAUUUGCAAAGAAGAGAAGUUGUCAGGGUAAUGAGUUGCUGUAUCCAGUCUUUAUCGAAGCAAAGGAUGGCAUGCUACAGUUACUUCCAGGUGAUCACUUAUACCCUUCCUCUGUAGAUUUUAAUACUAAAACUAUUCCUCAAAAAGAUAAAACUAUUUUGGAACUAAGAGGACAUAAACAACCAGUUCACAGGGUGGAACUUACACAAUCGAUGAGGAAAUUAAUAAUACAAAAUUACAAACCUAAAAACCAUAUCAACAUGAACAACAUAGUGAUGUCUUUUCCUACUAAGUAA